CCAACAGCCACUACUACCACCACCACCACCACCACCACCACCAGAACAACAACCCGCCCAUCGAGUCUCCGGCCAUCUCGUCUUCUUUGGCACUCGCAGCUCGUUCACUUCUCUCUUUAUCCUCGGCUUCAGUCAUGGGUCUCGCCUCGAAAAUGGCUGCUGCCAACCAGGGCGCGCCCUCCUCCUAUCCCGGCGGCCCCCCUCCCCCAGGCGGCGGCCCAGCAUACCCCGGACAGCAACAGUACCAGGCCUACCCUGGCCCAGGCGGCCCCGGCGGCCCUCCGCCACCCCAAGCCAGUCCUCAGCCUCAAGCUCCUCCUUGGAGUGCCUCGCCGCCGCAGAGCGGAACUCCAAAUCCUUACUAUAGGAACCAGCAGCAAUCCCCCCAGCCCCAUCAACAACAUAAUGCCUAUGGCCAGCAGCCUGUCUAUGGUCAGCCGCAGCCUUAUGGCCAGCAGCCCGGAUAUGGACAGCAACAGCCACAAUAUGGACAACAGCAGCAGCCUUAUGGACAAGAACAGCAACAACACCACCACCAACCCUAUGGAGCACCACCGCAGCUACCAGCCUACGGGCAGCAAUACCCUCCCAACCAGGCUCAAUACGGACAAGGACCACCCGGCCAAUUCCGUGCAGGUCAGCCUGGGUACCCUCCUCAGGGAGGCCCCGGUUAUCCUUCCCAAGGCGGUGCACCUGGCUAUCCUCCAGGGCCACAAGGAGGUCAGCAGUUCAAUGCUCCCCCAACUCCACAACAGCAGGCAGCCUACAAGCAGGUUCUUCAAAGCUGUAUCAACGAGAAGAAUCUCCAAGGAAUGUACCCGCCAAACUCUCCUAUUCUCGACCAGAUAGUGAGCAGGAUCAGCGGCCAGGUGGAUCAGCUCUGUGCCACCUGGCGAGUUCCCCGCGAGGUUGGCCAAGAUGUUGUCAAGCUUGCGCUCUUCGAUGUUAUCCUCUACAUCGACGACAGUGGCUCCAUGCAAUUUGAGGAGAACGGCGAACGUAUCAAGGACCUCAAGCUUAUUCUUUCUCGCGUCACAUACGCCGCCUCUUUGUUCGACGACGAUGGUAUCCAGGUUCGCUUCAUGAACUCCAAUGAACAGGGCAACAACAUCCAUAACGAAGGGCAAGUCGAGGCCCUUAUGCAGCGCAUGCAGUUCAAGGGCCUUACCCCCAUGGGAACCAGCUUGAAGAACAAGGUUCUGGAGCCCCUCGUCCUGGCUCCUGCCAGAGCUAAUCAGCUCAAAAAGCCAGUCUUGGUCAUCACGAUCACAGACGGUCAGCCUGCUGGUGAAGCCCAGGGAGCUGUGUUCGAUGCCAUCCGCAGUGCAACCCAGGAGCUCCAGUCUAACCCAAGAUAUGGUCGUGGAGCUGUCUCGUUCCAGUUUGCUCAAGUCGGCAAUGACUUGAAAGCCAGAGAAUUCCUGUCUAAGCUCGACGAAGAGCCUGGUAUUGGUGAACUUGUCGACUGUACUUCCAGUAUGUCCUUGACUCCUUGUCGGUAAAAUUAUCCCUUUUCGAAGCCUAUACUAAUGAUUUCUUAAGACUUUGAGGUUGAACAGGACGAGAUGUCUCGCGCCAACCCACCAGUCGACUUGACCCCUGAGCUCUGGGUAGGUUAUACCCAUCUGCGUCAUGCAAGUGCUUUCAAAAUGCUAACUUUUUAUUCUUAAAUAUAGCUUGCGAAGAUGUUGCUUGGUGCCAUUGACUCCUCCUACGACACCAAGGAUGAGAAAACCCAGCGAGCUCCUGGAGGAGCACCACCACCGGGGGGCCAGUACAACGCACCACCGCAAGGACAGUACGGCGGAUACGGCCAGCAGCCUCCCCCACAGGGUGGAUAUCCCGGCGGCGGCUACAACCAGCCACCACCACCAGGCGGUUAUGGACAACCACCACAGCAAGGCGGCUACGGUCGUCCUCCGCCUGGCCCUCCCCAGGGCGGGCCGGGCUAUCCUCCACAGGGCGGAUACGGCGCACCUCCACCCGGUGGCCGUUACUAGACAAACCCAGACUGUGUGUCAACUUCUCUUCGGAUGAAGGUCUUUUUAGUCGCUUAUUGUAUUUCUUAAUAAG